AUGCAAAGCCCGACCACCUCAAUCGUGCUCUCCCUCUCUCUACGAUUCAGCUUCUAUGUUGUUUCUUUCUCUCUCUGCGAGCCCAAAACUCCGACAUCGGCGAGCCAAAACUCCGACAUCGGCGAUGAAUCGGCAAGUUUGUCGAGGAAGGAGAGACGGCUGGAUAUAGUGAGUUUUCCUGACGAUGGCGAUCUUUUCCUCAGAGAGGUUUCAACAGGGGAAAGAAGGAGGAGUGUUGUGGGAGUGACGGAAGUGAUGCUGAAACAGGAGGCGAUGGAGCAAGAAGUAAAAUUACUUGAGAAUCUCAAUCAGAUAUACUCUGGCUUGCCCGGAAUGUUGGGCUCCUCUUCUUCGGAUACUCCUUCUUCGUCAUCGUCUUCGGCAAUAAGAGCUUGGAGGACUGCCUUUCUGACUCUCCGGGACGAAACCCUAACGAGCAGGCCUAAAUCGAAGUCAAUAACGCAACUUCUCAAUGAUCUCAUUUUCUCUCAUUUCCGGACUCUCAUGUCUGCCGCCCCCGACCUUCCUCCUCACGAGGUGACCUCUGAUCUGCUGUUCUUAAUGGAACUGGCUGCAAGUUCUCCAGGCGGCCAAGAUGUGUCACCUAUCUAUGUUUAUGUUUCCUCUUUGGUGCAUGCAUAUUUGCAAGCUUCAACGUGUGACUCUUCAAUUGAAUUCUUCUUCUUGGGUUGUUGUGAUCAACUGUUUCUCCGCUAUGGUGCACUUCUUCCUCGGCCAAGCUGGUUCCAGACCCCAAUUUUCGUUGGGGCACGCUGUGGAAUGCUUGGGGACCGUAAGGUCAUUAGGAAAGUGAUGGACGUCUUACUGUCUCAGAACUUCCUUGUUGAAGGUGCUCCUGCGACAAGGUUUUAUGUUCCGCUCCUUGGAUUUCUACAUCUGGUUCUUACCAAUGCUAAGGGUUUUCAAAAUGACCAUGUUCCUGCUUUUGUGGCAACUUUGCGAAUGUUCUUUACGUAUGGCCUGUCACAACCCUUAUACUCCACUAAUGCUGGCACACAUAAGAAUGCUGCUAAAUUGAUUUCAGAAGACACUAAGAAAGAGCGUAUUCCGUAUCGCCCUCCUCACCUGCGCAGAAAGGAAAAUUCUUUUGCAUUGGAACUUAUUUCAUCAGAUUCAGAUUGCAGUGACAGUGAUGGAUCUGUUAAAGAUAAUGAUACUAUUAAAAGUUCAAAAGUCAGGACUGCUGCUAUAGUUUGCCUACAAGAUCUUUGUCUAGCUGAUCCCAGAUCCUUUACCACUCAGUGGACUAUGAUUUUGCCUACAACUGACGUACUAGAAACAAGGAAGUUUGAAGCUACUCUGUUGACUUGCUUGCUGUUUGAUCCUUAUUUGAAGGUACGGAUGGCAUCCGCAUCCACUCUGGCAGUCAUGCUGGAUGGCCCUUCAUCAGUUUUCCUGCAGGUAGCUGAGUACAAAGAGUCCAGCAAGAGGGGGCCGUUUAUGGCCCUGUCAAGCUCACUUGGACUUAUACUUAUGCAACUUCAUGCUGGCUUGCUGUACUCAAUCCAGCAAGAAACUCAUAGUAGAUUGCUAGCAUCCCUGUUGAAGAUUCUUGUGCUUUUAAUAUCAGCCACACCGUAUGUAUUCUGUAGCUCAAAAGCUUAG